AUGCCUCUUUCUCAUUCGAAUGUUCUACGCCUCGUUGCCAGCGUCAUUGCGACCAUAUGGGUCGCGUUCGGCGUGAAUGCCAUCCUGCGUCCAGACCAUGCUCUCACUUUCUUCGAGUUCCAGCCACCUGCCUUGACGGCGGACAAACAGAUGGUUGAUAGCCUGAUGGCAGUCUACGGAGUUCGGAAUGUCUUCAUGGGAGCUGCAAUCUAUGUGACUUCGUAUCUCGGAUCACGUUCAAACCUAGGCUGGAUCUUGAUUGCUGCGGGCGGCGUUGCAUUUGCAGAUGGGAUUAUUUGUUGGACACAUGGCCAGGGACAGUGGAAUCACUGGGGAUACGCACCAAUGAUUACUGCAGUUGGCAGCUUGUUGCUUGGCGUCUUUGACCGUUCGUAA